UUGCCCAAACGCUCUGCGCUAGCUGCCUCGGUGCAGAACAUGUCACCCAUCCAUGCACCGCACCAGUCGCGACGGUCUGCCUGCAGUAUCCGCGGAUCCCGAGCUGAGUGGCUCGCGCGCUGCUGAGAUCCCCCGAGAUGGAUGGUCCUGUUGCUGAAUUGAUCAUUCCCUUCGCGGAUUGAUAAUAUUCCGUCUAAGAAGCUUCUCCCCACUGCUUCCUCACACUUGGACACUGACAACACGCUUUGGCAACAUUACAACAGUUGCAAUAGAAUCUAUAAAAGCAACAAUGUCGCGUAUUGAUGGAUAAGGGUACCGAUCAACGGAUAGGUAUGCCGUAUUGUGUCGGCUUGUUAUAUAAUUUAUGACAGCGCCUGGUGAUAAAGUCAGAGGACGUCAGGACGUCCACUGGAUGGCAUACAUUUCCCGUCUGGAUUGUUUAUACCAGCCAGGCGUUUUAUAAAGGCUAUGUGACCAGGACAGCGCGCUGUGAACUCGGCCCGAACUGCCCUGUUUAGUUGUGUAACAGCGGGAGGUGACAGUCGGAUCAACGCUCCUGGAGUAGAGUGCUUCUGACCACCGCUCCUCCCGGUGGGGAUACGACCUUCACGACGGAGAGGACAUCGGACGACUGUGGUGUGGCUGGCUACAUAGACAGACUCGAGAAACUGAGGUGAACUGAAGUGAGCUCUACCGAAACGGCCUGAGCUGAUCUGAGCUGAGGUGAAGGUGUGUCCGUCGGUGCUCGAGUGUUCUCUUGGUUUUGCUCUGUCCAUCCAGCGGACUUCCUUAAUUAAUGAACGGUUUGUGACCCUGCUACCCUGAACAGAAAGGACCGUUAACGAAGACCCACCAAUUGCCUGAAUCUGUUGGUGACCAAGGCUAGCUACCCAGACUGGUGACCCAGACUGGUGACCCAGACUGGCGACCCAGACAGGUGACCCUCCACCGCUCUGCCUGCGAUCUCCCUCUGACUCCAGUCACUGCAAUGACCUCUGUGUGGCACGAGCUGGCGGCCGGCAGUGUGGGCGGCAUGGCCGGUAUCCUGGUGGGCCACCCCGCCGACACCAUCAAGGUCCGCCAGCAGACGCUCGGCGGCUCUCCUCUGGCCACCCUGCGCACCACACUGAAACACGAGGGCACGCGCGGCCUCUACAAAGGCAUGGCGUUUCCCCUGGUCACUAACGGCCUGCUGAACGCCAUCUACUUCGGCGCGUACUCGGGCGCACUGCGAGGCCUGGACUGGGCGCUGGGCGGCCCGGCGGGCGGCGGCUCCGCCGACAGGCCGCCCGACACGGGUCGGCUGUUCGUGGCCGGCUGCGUGGGCGGCGUGGCGCAGCUGGUGGUCGCCACGCCCGUGGACCUGGUGAAGAUUCAGCUGCAGACGCGCACUGAGGGCGCCGGCUGGCGCGCGCACUACACGACCGCGGCGCGCGGUCCGCUCGGCUGUCUGGCCGAGCUGUACCGGCGGCGCGGUGUGCGCGGCUGGUACCACGGUCUGGGCGCCAUGGCCGGCCGAGACGUGGCCUCGUUCGGCCUCUACAUCACGCUGUACGAGCGGGCCAGCUGGGAGCUGCGCCGGCGCGCGGCGGUGUCGCGGCGCGGCGCCGCCCUGCUGGCCGGAGGGCUGGCCGGCACCGCCGCCUGGCUCUCUAUCUUGCCGUUGGACGUGAUCAAGAGCAAGCUGCAGGCGGACGACCCGGCGCGGCCGCUGUACCGCGGCGUGGUGCACUGCGCGCGGCUCACAGUCCUCCGGGACGGGCCGCGAGCCCUGUUCGCCGGCGGCACGCUGCUGGCGGCGCGAGCGUUUGUGGUGAACGCCGUCAUCUUCCUGGGUUAUGAGUGUGGUCUGGAGGCGAUCCACUGGCUGGAGUACCGACCGAACUCCACUGCCGUGCUAGCGUCGUCGGGAGAGGACUAGGAGUACCGAAAUAUGCCUAUAGGUUCACGUUCAACGACAUUUAAUGGUACAGAGAACAAUUGAAAAUAGGAAUGAAAAUAUACCUACUUGUGAUCAAUGCAUCACCGUUCGAUCCGAACGUUACAAACCUGAUCCCAUUGUUGGUAGGAAGAUGUGGUCACAUUGUUUCCAUCCCGUGGUAAGUGCAUUUGUCUUAUAAUAAAUGUUUCUUUAUCAGUG